CUGUCAGACAUCAGCUUCCUCCCGCGGCCAGCGAUGGUCUGGUGUGAGCGAGGCAUCCAGGUGCUGCUGACCACCAUGGGAGCGUUUGCAGCUUUCGCCCUGAUGACGGUGGCCAUCGGCACGGAUUACUGGCUGUAUGCCCGCGCCUUCAUCUGCAAUAGCACGGCCAACUCUAGCCAGGAAGACUCCAACAACAAGGACAAGAAAGACCCGGGGGCCCUCACCCACUCUGGCCUCUGGAGGAUCUGCUGCCUGGAAGGCUUGAAGAGAGGCGUAUGUUCUCAGAUCAAUCACUUCCCAGACGAUGCAGACUAUGACCAAGAUUCUGCCGAGUAUCUGCUCCGUGUGGUGAGAGCCUCCAGCAUCUUCCCCAUCCUCAGUGCCAUAUUGCUUCUCCUUGGCGGAGUUUGUGUUGCUGCCAGCGGCUUCUACAAGAGUAAAAGGAACAUCAUCCUUGGUGGAGGGAUUCUUUUUGUAGCAGCAGGCCUCAGCAACAUCAUUGGAGUGAUUGUGUACAUUUCAGCAGCAUUGAGCGACAUUUCCCCCAAGAAAGACGAAGAUAAGAAGUGGCAUUACUCCUACGGCUGGUCGUUCUACUUCGGUGGCCUUUCCUUCAUCCUGGCUGAGAUGGUUGGGGUUCUUGCAGUCAACAUCUACAUCGAGAAGAAUAAAGAGCUGCGCUGCCGCUCUCGCACCGACCUUUUCAAGAGCACCACACAUGCCAUGCUGCGUCUUCCCAGCUAUCGCUUCAGGCGGCGCUCCCGCUCCAGCUCGCGCUCCACUGACCCGCCUCACUCGCAGGAAACCUCGCCCAUCGGAACGUCCAAGACUUUCAGCCUGCCGCCGUCCGCCCCGCCGUUCUCCGUGGCUACUCUGCCCAACCCGCACCACACCAGCGGCGGAGGUGGUGACAUCUCCAUGUACACGCUAACGAGGGACUCCAAGCUGGGCAGCCUGGGCGGAGGUGCCCCCCCUCUCUACGGCACGGUGGACCGUGCCACGCUCUAUCAACUCCAUAACUACUUCCCAAAAGAUUCCAGUGGUGGCACUGGUGGAGGCCCAGGAGGAGGUGGUGGGGUGAUAAGCAGUGGUACGCUACCGUCUCACUCCAAAUCCAAUUUGGCUGCAGCCGCAGCAGUAGCCCAGAAUGCAGCGCCGCUAAAUACCUCCACUUCAGCUGCUGCGCCGGCCCAGUCAGCCCCAAUAUCUACAGCUACCAUGGAGAGAGACAGAGGCAACGUGGGAACUCUGGACCGACUGACGGCCAAGAGGGACAGGGAUAGCAACUCAGAUACACUAAACAGGAAAACUACACCAGUUUAA